UAGAGCUCAAGUCUCCGCUCGAAGCCGGGAGUCACGCAAUGUUCCGCCUAAUGAUGUUGCUAGCGGGGCUCCGUGGCUUGCUAACGUCAAGACCCGGUUUUCAAAAUUCAUUUCUACAAAUUAUAUUUCCAGAGAAAAUCCAAGCAAAUACAAGUGAUAAUUCAAAAGUAGAAAAUGAACAGGUAUCCUAUAUUAUUCCAAUAGAUGAGAAACCAUAUACCGUGCACCUUAAGCAAAGAUUUUUUUUAGCAGAUCAUUUCAUGGUUUAUUUGUAUAAUCAAGGAUCUGUGAAUUCUCAUUCUUCAAAUAUUCAGACUCAAUGCUACUACCAAGGAUAUAUUGAAGGAUAUCUGAAUUCUGUUGUCACACUUAGCACCUGCUCUGGACUGAGAGGAAUAUUGCAGUUUGAAAAUGUUUCUUAUGGAAUUGAGCCUAUGGAAUCUGCAGUUGAAUUUAAGCAUCUUCUUUAUAAAUUAGGAAACGAAAACAAUGAAUUUGCAGUUCUUACUGAAAAUAACCAAGACACAGAACAAAACCCAAUGGACUAUAAUAUUUUUAUAAGUGAAAAACCAGAAUCAGCUGUUUCAGAUUUAAUUCCUCUUUAUGUAGAAAUGCAUGUCGUGGUGGACAAAGUUUUGUAUGAUAACCUGGGCUCUGAUAGCAUGAUGGUAACAAAUAAAGUCAUCGAAAUUAUUGGCCUUGUAAAUUCAAUGUUUACCCCAUUUAAAAUUGCUAUUGUGCUGUCAUCUUUGGAAUUGUGGUCAGAUAAAAAUAAGAUCUCUACUGUUGGUGAGGCAGAUGAAUUAUUGCAUAGAUUUUUAGAAUGGAAAAAGUCUUAUCUUACCCUAAGGCCUCAUGAUAUUGCAUAUCUAUUCAUCUAUAGAGAUUAUCCAGAUUAUGUGGGAGCAGCAUUUCCUGGAAAGAUGUGUGUUACCAGUUAUUCUGCAGGAAUUGCUUUGUAUCCCAAAGGGAUAACCUUGGAGGCAUUUUCAAUUAUUGUCACCCAGAUGCUGGGACUCAGUCUGGGCAUAUCAUAUGAUGACCCAAGGAAAUGUCGAUGUUCAGGAGCCAUCUGCAUAAUGAGUCCAAAAGCCAUGCAAUCCAGUGGUGUGAAGACUUUUAGCAGUUGCAGUUUGAGUGACUUUGAAAAUUUCAUUUCAAAUAUGGGUGCCCAAUGUCUUCAGAAUAAGCCACAAAUGCAGAGGGCUCCGGCAGCAAUCUGUGGGAACGGCAGAGUGGAGGGAAAUGAAAUCUGUGACUGUGGUACUGAGGAACAAUGUGGACCUGAUAGCUGUUGUAAUCCUCAAACUUGUGUGCUGAAACCAAAUACACAAUGUGAUAGAGGAUCAUGCUGCAACAACUGUCAAUUUAUGCAAGCAGGUGCUGUAUGUAGGCCCAUUGCGCAUCCUGAAUGUGAUGUUCCUGAGGUUUGUAAUGGAAGCUCAGGAAGCUGUCCGGCUGAUAUAACUAUACACAAUGGACACAAAUGUAAAGGAGGAGAAGCUUUUUGUUUUGAUGGAGGCUGCCAAGAUCUUGAUGCACGUUGUGAGAGCAUAUAUGGAAAAGGUUCAAAAAAUGCUCCAUUUGCCUGCUAUGAAGAAAUACAGUCUCAAACUGAUAGGUUUGGGAACUGUGGUAGAGAAGGAAGCAGAUAUAAAUUUUGUGCAUGGAGGAAUCUUAUAUGUGGCAGAUUAAUUUGUACCUACCCCUUUCAAACUCCUUUCCUUCGAGACGGUGCUUCUGUGAUUUAUGCUUUUGUGCGAAAUACUGUAUGUAUAACUAUGCACUACACAACGACGGGUAGAGAAGAUCCAAUGAUGGUCAAAAGUGGCUCUAUUUGUGAUACUGGGAGGAUUUGUGUAAAUCGUGAAUGUGUAGAAUCAAGGAUACUUGCAGACAGAUCAUAUAAUUGUUCACUAAAGUGCAAUGGACAUGGAGUGUGCACUUCCGAGAUGACAUGCAACUGUUCUAGUGGUUACAGCCCUCCAGAUUGCCAAGCGCGCUCCAGAGAAUCUUCCAGAUUGCCUGGGGGACAGGGCAAGUAUCUAUCUCUUCUUGAAAGAGGUUUUGAGAAGGCUGGGAAGAAGCGGUGGCUUUUGGGUAUCUACAUUGCUUUACCUGUUCUCGUCGUAGCAACCAUAGUAGCUGUUUCAUGGAAGCCUUUGAAAAAGUGGUUCAGCAAGAAAGAGGAACCGCAAAGUAGCGAAUCAGAAGGCAGCACUCACAGAAAUGCUAGCAGGUCCACAUCAGAAAGUAGUAGCCAAACAGAUACUGUCAGAUCGAGUUCAGAAAGUAGUGCCCAAACAAAUACCAGCACCUCCAAGUCACAGAAAAGCAGUGAAACACUUAACAGUAGUAACUAAUAAUUCCUUCAGAAGGCAAUGGAUAUUACUGGGGAUCUCACUGAGAAAUGAAAAUGCAGCCUGUUCUCCCCUGGUCACAGCUGAAGGAAGCAAUAAACCAAGAUGGACCAAUUUGCAGGAGCGUCUGUUUUUAUUUCUUCCUCCACCCCUGAGGCACAGUUUUGCCAUUUCAGGGCCCUUGACUGCAGAUAGUCAGUCUCAGCUCCCACUGACUCCCUGAGCUCUUCUCCACAGCUCUCUCCACCACCCACUCGGAUUUACUGCCUGGGGCCCCAGAUGCUGGGGAUCUGCAUCAACUUCUCUCACUCAGGAAAGGACCUGGGUGCGGACUGUGUUCCCUCUCCGGGUCCUUCUCACUGGACUUGGCUGGCUGCAUGCAGAUCUCAGUUAAUACAGUCAUUUGACCACCUCACCCUCCCCACAACCACAGAACCAGGGCUUCUCAGGGAAGCUGUGCUCCUUCUGGGGACUGUGCUUUACCUUCCAGGCCUCUCUCUCUGCUUACCAUCUUUCUCUUGCCCCUCGGCUGGGUGACCUGCAGGGUGAAUCCCAGAAGGCAGAAGGACCCAGAGAGCUUGGGCUUCGGUCUCCGGGGCAAAGAUUAAUCCCUUAUGAGAGUUUGGUAUGAAGAUUGAUAAAUCGAG